CGACAGGCUGUGCGCGACCUGCACGGCGCCCGGCGGCGGAGCUUCAUGUGGGGCUGCGGCCCGCGCAGCCGGCGCCUCGCUGACGGAACGGACCCCCGGUAACCGGAGACUGCCUCCCCCCCACCCCCGGCGCCAAAGGAUAUCGUAUGUUCAGGUCCAAACGCUCGGGGCUGGUGCGGCGACUUUGGCGAAGUCGUGUGGUCCCCGACCGGGAGGAAGGAGGCGGCGGCGGCGGCGGCGGCGGCGACGAGGAUGGGAGCUUGGGCAGCCGAGCUGAGCCGGCCCCGCGGGCACGAGAAGGCGGAGGCUGCGGCCGCUCCGAAGUCCGCCCGGUAGCCCCGCGGCGGCCCCGGGACGCGGUGGGACAGCGAGGCGCCCAGGGCGCGGGGAGGCGCCGGCGCGCAGGGGGCCCCCCGAGGCCCAUGUCGGAGCUGGGGGCCGGCGCUGGGGGCUCCCCUCUGGACGCGGCGGAGCCGGGAGGCCCGGGCUGGCUGCCCGAAAGUGACUGCGAGACUGUGACUUGCUGUCUCUUCUCGGAGCGGGACGCCGCGGGCGCGCCGCGGGACGCCGGCGACCCCCUGGCCGGGGCGGCCCUGGAGGCGGCGGGCGGCGGGCGGAGUCGCGAAGCCCGCUCGCGACUGCUGCUGCUCGAGCAGGAACUCAAGACGGUCACGUACUCGCUGCUGAAGCGGCUCAAGGAGCGUUCGCUGGACACGCUGCUGGAGGCGGUGGAGUCCCGCGGCGGCGUGCCGGGCGGCUGCGUGCUGGUGCCGCGCGCCGACCUUCGCCUGGGCGGCCAGCCUGCGCCGCCGCAGCUGCUGCUCGGCCGCCUCUUCCGCUGGCCCGACCUGCAGCACGCCGUGGAGCUGAAGCCCCUGUGCGGCUGCCACAGCUUCGCCGCCGCCGCCGACGGCCCCACCGUGUGCUGCAACCCCUACCACUUCAGCCGGCUCUGCGGGCCAGAAUCACCACCGCCCCCCUAUUCUCGGCUGUCUCCUCACGACGAGUACAAGCCACUGGAUCUAUCUGAUUCCACAUUGUCUUACACUGAAACGGAGGCCACCAACUCCCUCAUCACCGCCCCGGGUGAAUUCUCAGACGCCAGCAUGUCUCCGGAUGCCACCAAGCCCAGCCACUGGUGUAGCGUGGCCUACUGGGAGCACCGGACGCGUGUGGGCCGCCUCUACGCGGUGUACGACCAGGCCGUGAGCAUCUUCUACGACCUACCUCAGGGCAGCGGCUUCUGCCUGGGCCAGCUCAACCUGGAGCAGCGCAGCGAGUCGGUGCGGCGCACGCGCAGCAAGAUCGGCUUCGGCAUCCUGCUCAGCAAGGAGCCCGACGGCGUGUGGGCCUACAACCGCGGCGAGCACCCCAUCUUCGUCAACUCCCCCACGCUCGACGCGCCCGGCGGCCGCGCCCUCGUGGUGCGCAAGGUGCCGCCCGGCUACUCCAUCAAGGUGUUCGACUUCGAGCGCUCGGGCCUGCUCCAGCAGGGGCCCGAGCCCGACGCCGCCGACGGCCCCUACGACCCCAACAGCGUCCGCAUCAGCUUCGCCAAGGGCUGGGGGCCCUGCUACUCGCGGCAGUUCAUCACCUCCUGCCCCUGCUGGCUGGAGGUCCUCCUCAACAACCACAGAUAGCGGCGGCCGCCUGCCCCGCCGCCCAGAGACACAACGCGCCCCCCUAACAGCCGACCACGGACGAGACCCCCCCCCCAAUAUCAUCUACCUAGAUUUAAUAUAAAGUUUUAUAUAUUAUAUGGAAAUAUAUAUUAUACUUGUAAUUAUGGAGUCAUUUUUACAAUGUAAUUAUUUAUGUAUGGUGCAAUGUGUGUAUAUGGACAAAACAAGAAAGACGCACUUUGGCUUAUAAUUCUUUCAAUACAAAUAUAUUUUCUUUCUUUCCUCCUUCUUCCUCUUCUUUAUUAUUUUAUUUUAUUUUAUUUUUUAAGAAAAUGAUACAGCAGAGCUAGGUGGAGAAGCCUGGGUUUGGCGUAUGGUUUUUGAAAUAUUAAUGCCCAGACCAAAAGCUAAUACCAGUCACUCGUUGAUAAUAAAGUAUUCACAUUAUA